AUGAGGAUGGUCAUGGCGAACCCUGGACACCUUGGAGAUGCGAAAAAGGAAAGCAGAAGGAUAUCCAUGGCAAGCCAGAGGAUGAACCCUGGACAUCGUGGGGAUGCGAAAAAGGAAAGCAUGAGGAUAGCCGUGGCAAGCCAGAGGAUGAACCCUGGCCAUCGUGGGGAUGCGAAAAAGGAAAGCAUGAGGAUAGCCGUGGCAAGCCAGAGGAUGAACCCUGGACAUCCUGGAGAUGUGAAAAAGGAAAGCAUGAGGAUAGACAUGGCAAGCCAGAGGAUGAACCCUGGACAUCGUGGGGAUGCGAAAAAGGAAAGCAUGAGGAUAGCCGUGGCAAGCCAGAGGAUGAACCCUGGACAUCCUGGAGAUGCGAAAAAGGAAAGCAGAAGGAUAUCCAUGGCAAGCCAGAGGAUGAACCCUGGACAUCGUGGGGAUGCGAAAAAGGAAAGCAUGAGGAUAGCCGUGGCAAGCCAGAGGAUGAACCCUGGACAUCCUGGAGAUGCGAAAAAGGAAAGCAUGAGGAUAGCCAUGGCAAGCCAGAGGAUGAACCCUGGACAUCGUGGGGAUGCGAAAAAGGAAACAGGAGGAUAG